UCAGAUAUUGUAAAACGUGCGGCGAUUACAAAUAAAAGAUCGUACAAGACGGUUCAAAUGUGUAUUGAAGUUUAAAUAUAAUUAAAUAUAAACGUACAUCCUACAUGUGUCAAGCUGUUUAAAGUGCAAUAACCCUUACUGCAAGAUUUGUAUCAUUAAUAGUUCGUGACAUAACAUUCCUAAAAAUAAAAGUAUCCUAUGCGCUUCAAAUGCAUAGCAUUAUUUAAAAAAGCGCUUGUUGAAAGUAGCAAUAUCUGUAGGCCCAAUCGCGUGAGUAAAGUGCACAAAAGCAUCAAUAUGUCUUUAGAGCAAGCUAAACAAGUAGCUGCGUACCGGGCCGUCGAUGAGUUUGUUACUAACGACUGUGUUUUUGGAGUAGGAAGUGGGUCAACUGUCGUUUAUGCAGUGCAACGUUUAGCGGAGCGAGUGGAAACUGAGAAUUUGAAGGUGAUCUGUAUUCCUACGUCCUUCCAAGCGAAACAAUUAAUCACCAAACAUAAACUGAUCCUAGGUGAGCUCGAGACCAACCCAGUGAUAGAUGUGACUAUAGAUGGCGCCGAUGAAGUCGACGCAAAUAUGACUCUGAUCAAAGGUGGCGGAGGAUGUUUGCUGCAAGAAAAAAUUGUAGCUUCAUGUUCCAAAAAGCUUAUCAUCAUAGCCGACUACACAAAGGACUCGGUGAAGUUAGGCGAUAGAUAUAAAAAAGGAAUACCGAUAGAAGUUGUACCGCUAGCUUAUGUGCCUUUAAAAAACAAAAUUACAUCAAUGUUUGGAGGUGAAAUCAAAUUGAGAAAUGCUAUUGCCAAAGCAGGGCCUGUUGUCACAGAUAAUGGUAAUUUCAUCCUGGACUGGAUGUUUGCUAAUCAAGACCUCGACUGGGAGACUGUAAACAAUGAAAUAAAGAUGCUACCAGGGGUAGUGGAAGUUGGGUUAUUUGUCAAAAUGUGUCACAAAGCCUACUUUGGGCAAGCAGAAGGAAAUGUACUGGAAAGAUCUACUUAAAUAACUAUAUAAACUGAUUAUGUUAUAAUCAAAUAAUAUUUUUUUUCACAGUAGGUUUCCAUGACUUAAGCAUUGUGCAAUCCUUAUCAGUGUUCUUUGAAUCUCAGCCAAACUAUUUGUUCAAUUGACUGUAACAAUAAUAACUUUAUAAUAAUUGUUUAAGGGAUCCUCUGAUAUUAACAAAUGUUUGUCAUAACAUCAAUCAUGUUCAUAUCCUUAAGUCUAAGCACAAAUGAAUACAAAAUAAUUUUUAUACUUUUAUAUUCUUGAGACACAACAUAGUGGCAGUUUACAAUCAUGCUUCUUUAGACAUAAAAGCCUUAAAAUUAAAUACUUAAAAAAAAUUGGGAGUCUUCCUAAAAUACUUUAUAGAAAGAUACAUGUAAAAAAUUUAAAGUUAAGUACUUAUAUUAAAUUUAAAAAAUCGGAUCUAUGAAAUGGUUAAAAUUGUUAUAUUUUUAUAUGUUGGGAGGUUGUAAAAAAAUGUUAUUACAGUUUUGUCUCGUAAUAAAUGUUCCUUAUGA